GCGCGUGAUCCUUGAACAGAUCGGACCGUGAAACCUUUUCUCCUUCCCGGUGAAACAAGCGGACGUUAAAAUGCGACUUGUCGGGGCGGAGAUCUCGGUUCUGUCUCUCCUGAUGAUGAGCCUUCACGGCGCUGCAGCACUGACUCACUCGCUGAAGUAUUUCUACACUGCGUCCUCUGGAGUCCCAAACUUCCCAGAGUUUGUGAUUGUUGGGCUGCUGGAUGAAGUUGAGAUGUUUCACUAUGACAGUAACACCAGGAGAGCAGAACCCAGACAGGACUGGAUGAGCAGAGUCACAGAGGACGAUCCUCAGUACUGGAAGCGGUACACUGAGAUCCUUAUGGGCAGCCAGCAGGUCUACAAAGGCAACAUUGAAACAGCAAAACAACGCUUCAACCAAACUGGAGGUUUGUUUAUGUUUCACACUUUUUGUUUAUAUUUGCAUCCUUUAUGUUAUUAGUACAUAA